AUGGGGGACUCGUCGUCAUACUCGGUCGUACCGAGGAUUCGUUACAACACCGUCGGUGGUAUCAACGGUCCUCUGGUCAUCCUCGACAAUGUCAAAUACCCCAAGUUCAACGAGAUUGUGACGCUCACCUUGCCUGAUGGCACGGAGCGCUCUGGACAGGUCCUCGAGGCCCGCGGUGACCGAGCCGUUGUCCAGGUUUUCGAGGGGACCUCUGGCAUCGAUGUCAAAAAGACUAGGGUCGAGUUCACCGGCGAGAGCUUGAAGCUCGGUGUGUCCGAGGACAUGCUUGGCCGUAUCUUUGACGGUUCCGGUCGCGCCAUAGACAAGGGCCCCCGCGUCCUGGCCGAGGACUACCUCGACAUCAACGGAAGUCCCAUCAACCCCUUCUCUCGUGAAUAUCCCGAGGAGAUGAUCUCGACUGGUAUCUCUGCCAUCGAUACGAUGAACUCGAUCGCCCGUGGACAGAAGAUCCCCAUUUUCUCCGCUGCCGGUUUGCCUCACAACGAAAUCGCCGCCCAGAUCUGCCGACAGGCCAGUCUGGUCCAGAAGCAGGGCAUUACCAACAAGGGUACCCACGACGGGCACGAGGACAACUUUUCUAUUGUCUUUGGUGCCAUGGGUGUCAACUUGGAAACAGCCCGUUUCUUCACGCGUGAUUUCGAGGAGAAUGGCUCGCUGGAGCGCACUACCCUCUUCCUCAACCUUGCGAACGAUCCUACCAUCGAGCGUAUCAUCACUCCCCGUCUCGCCCUCACGACUGCCGAAUACUACGCUUACCAGCUUGAGAAGCACGUCCUUGUCAUCCUCACUGAUCUGUCGGCGUACUGCGAUGCCCUGCGUGAGGUGUCAGCCGCCCGCGAGGAAGUGCCUGGACGUCGUGGUUUCCCGGGUUACAUGUACACGGAUUUGUCGACCAUCUACGAGCGCGCUGGUCGUGUGACGGGCCGCAACGGUUCCAUCACCCAGAUCCCCAUCUUGACUAUGCCGAACAACGAUAUCACCCAUCCCAUCCCUGAUUUGACGGGAUACAUUACCGAGGGUCAGAUCUUCGUCGACCAGCCGAUGCACAACCGUGGUAUCUAUCCGCCCAUCAACGUGCUCCCUUCGCUCUCGCGUCUGAUGAAGUCUGCCAUUGGCGAGGGCAUGACACGCAAAGACCACGGUGAUGUGUCGAAUCAGCUGUACGCCAAGUACGCCAUUGGUCGUGACGCGUCCGCCAUGAAGGCCGUCGUCGGUGAGGAGGCCUUGUCGCCCGAAGACAAGCUGUCCCUGGAGUUCCUGGACAAGUUUGAGCGCCAGUUCAUCUCGCAGGGCCCCUACGAGUCGCGAACGAUCUUCGAGUCGCUGGACUUGGCGUGGAGCCUGCUCCGCAUUUUCCCCAAGGAUUUGCUGAACCGUAUUCCCGCCAAGGUGCUCAACGAGUACUACCAGCGUGCGCAGAAGGACGCCAAGUCCAAGGGCAAGCAAAAGGCGGAUGCCGACGCGGCCAACAACCAGCAGACCGAGGAGAACUUGAUCGACGCGUAG